AUGCAUGCAAAGUCGUUGCAGUAUGGCCAAGUGGACCGGGGGGUUUGGGCUCUGAGCAAGACUGAACUACAACCUAUCUCUGCUGUUGGCUGGACAAGAAAAUUCGGCCUCUUCCAAGCCUGGUGCGUUGCAGUGAAGAAUCUGGCAGAAUCUGGCCUGCGCGCUGCCGUGCUGCUGCGGCCUCGGCAAGGCGGUGGUGGUAGUGGUGGUGGUAGUAGGAAGUCGUUUGAAACCGGGGAGGUCAGUCAAGCUGCCGCCACCCAGCGAGGCAUGCCACCCCUUCGCUGGAUAAACAGGCCAAAAAAGAACCUACGUGGUCGGCUUCGUGGCACCCUCGCAGGCUACCCACCCCCGCCCUCUCCAAACAAAACAUUUCGCGACCGCCUCCUCUGCUUCCAAAUUGGUCCUGCCCACCUGCCGCCUCGCUGGCCCCACGGCGCGCGCACUUGGUGUUCUUUAACUGGGAAUGGGAUCCCAGCACCCUUCGCCAAACUUCACGUCACCACCAUCCACAUCAGCAUGCACGAUCUUAAACCACUCGUCUUGCCCAAGCUCGUAGCUGCUCGCAAGUCCUCCAAAGGCUCUCUCAACAUGUCAGACGAGCCAACUUCGUCCAUCUACUCCAAUGCCGACUCUGGCUUCUACUCGGCCUCGGAGUGCUCCACGCCUCCCACGCCAAGCAUGUACUCUUCGCGAGGUCACUUUCGCUUCCCCAGCUCCGUCUCGUCCUUGUCGUCGAGCCCACCAACCUUCGAGCCCAUUGAGCAGCCAAAUGCAUCGGGGAAGCUCCCCAAGCUUACAGAGGAGCCAAUCGAGCGCGACUACGACUAUGACAACGGGGACCCUUAUCUCUGUUCAUAUUGCCGCAUCCUAAAGGCCUAUGACCCCCAGGACGAGUACUUCACCACGUGCGACUCGGAACUGCACCUUGCCAAGCGGCAUAGGUCGUUGGAAGCCUCUGCACAUAGCAUUGCCGGUAAGCUGGGCAGGCGUUUUCCCUCCUUGUCGCGCAAAGUCCGCGAUCGUAGCUCCACUCUGAGCAAGGUCGCUCGCAGUGCCACUCCCUCGAGGGUUCCAUCCACGCGUUCCUCAUCACUGGCUGGCUCCAUUCACCACGCCUCCACGGUAGAUCUUACAGAAGAGUACGCAUCGCCAACACCGGUUUCCCCUCUGGCAAGCCGUGAACAGGUGGAUGACGAGGUGCCAACGCCAAUGGCCAUUGACAUUGCAAAGGCCAAUGCCAUUGAGAUCGAUGUGGAAGAGAUUGAGCGCGAGCGAUAUGCUACCACUCCCCUCCUGCCUCCCCUCCUGGUCAAUUGCCGCAAUGAGGGUCGCAACGAUGAUCUACCCACAUCAUCGCCCCUGCAAUCGCCAUCUGUUGCAGACGCGACGCAAUCAGCAGCCUGGACACCCGUGGGCACACCGCCGCAGAGCGCGUUCCCCACUCCGCCGCUAUCAUCCAAACCCUCAAUCGCGUCAUUCAAGGCAACACGGAAUGGCUAUUCGACAGCCACAGACAUACCGCCAAUGAUGCUUCCAGAUCAGAGCGAUACUUGGGCUUUCAGAUUAGGCCAUGCAAACUUCACCAUACUGCCAGAACCCUAUGUGCCCGAAGUCUGCAAUGCUGGGUCUGUCAAAGAGCUACUGAAUGAUUGGACGCAAGCCCGGCUUAACUAUGCGAAGCACCAAGUGCGAACAGCGGAACAUUACGGUGUGACAUCUAAACACUACCUGCUGACGGAGCAAAAAUGGGCCGAAAUCGACGCCAAGUGGAAGGAAAACCAUGAGCUGGCUAAGUCACACGCAGUAGCCAUCGGCCAAGACCUGGAGCCGACCUCACCCACCGAACCUGGACCCCUCAGCAAGAUGCCGACGCUCAACGACCCCAAGGGUGCGGGCAAGUUCCCUAAGCUUGGUGACGAGGAUAUUGUCGGUCCCAUGCAACAAGCUGCAGCACUACUACCUAGGACACCGUCACGCAAGCGUGCAUUUUUCAAGUUCCUUAGCGACUUGCGCUUCCCUGGUACCUUCUUGGGCCGGUCUUCGGCUGGCGUUCGAGGCCAUUAG